AUGUUUGACAAAGUCAAGUGGAUCAUAGAAUUUUUAAACGCAUGGCCAAUCAAUCCGACUAAAAAAAAAUUAAUAUUUUUUUUAUUAUAUUUAAUUCAUGAGAAUGUUUAUCUCGCAAUGGCUUAUUACGAUUUAUUUUCAAUAUUUGGCGAUCUCCAGCUAAUGUCUACUAAUCUGAUAGGGACACUGGUGCAAAUGAUAAUGAUGAUCCGGUUGAUAUUUGUUAAGUUUUCGUCAAGACUUAGAAAUGUUAUUGUUGAGAUUAAAGCAGAUGUUUGCGAUGAAAAUUAUCAGAGAACUGAUGAAAAAAUAAUUUACAUUAAAUAUAGCGAAAUGGCGACUAAUUUUUAUAAAAUUACAAUGGGAUUUGAGCUUCCUUACAGAGCAAAAUUAUUUAACACGAAUGAGACGACUCUUAAGCAAUCAAUUUUCCUUUAUAUUUAUCAAGCACCGAUGCCUAUUACCGCAUUAUGUUACUUUGCGACUGUUAACAUGCAAUUUAUAAUAAUAUCAAACAUAUGUGCUCGGAUCGCCAUUCUGAGAAAUAGAAUCAAUCAAAUUAACGAUUGUAUGCCCAUGAAAACUGAUAGUCUUAUCAAACAUAUCGUGCACCAAAAUUUACAGGAGAUGUUCUACAUUUGCAAUUGGCAAGAAAUGUCUCAAAAAUCAAAACAAUCCUGGCUUAUUUGCAUGGUGAGUGGUGCGAAAAUUCCGAUGCAAAUAACUGCUGGAAAAAUAUAUAUUUUUUCCUUUAAUAGUUUCACAGGGAUACUACGAAGUUCAAUGGCUUACGUUUCAUUGCUGAGAACACUGACAGCUUGA